AUUUUCAGAUCGCCUUGAUUGUUGUCUCACCCCAUCUUCUUCUUCCUCCCUCCACCGCCUCGCCGAGCUGCAGCAAGACGACUGCCGUAACCGUGCAUUUAUCUUGGCCUUGGAUGGCUUGCGACGGCGACGCGCGCCCCGGACCUCGAUGACACGACCAGCGAUGCACAUGUAAACAAGCAUAAGCGACGAGCCCCGCGCGUUCACCAUACUCCACGAUCAACACCGGGCCAAGAGCCAUCCGUCAUCCACUGUACAUACCAGCAAACAAACCAGGCCGGACUGGGUCAAGCAGACACGACCCUUCUUUCCGGCUUGCACUUUCACGUUCCACCUCCGCCUUCGCGCGGACACGAUCACAAUGGAUAACUCGAGCUACCUGUCCCAGCAGGUCCACAGCAGCAUCAAUCAGCUGCAUGGCCUGUUUGACGAGAUUGGCGUGCCCAAUCAUGAGCGCGAGUCCCGGGAGCAAGAGCUUUUUGAGGCUCUUUCGGAAGCUCUCAACAACCAAGUUCGCCUCGUAACGGCGGAGAAGAAGGAGAUGGUUGACGAGGCCAAGAAGAUCAUCACCACGAUACGGCAGAUGGAGGCCUCUCUAGACGACUCAAAACCAUCACGACGAUCGUUUGAUGAGAACGACGAGUUCAAAAUCACAUACCCUCUGACGAGGUGCCUCCAAGUGCUCAAGGAGAAGCACAUACAGAUCAGCCGUCUCCAUAAGGAGCGUUUCGAACAGGUCAAAAAACUCGUCGACGCUCUCGAGUCCUAUUCUUCUCACCUCGAACCUACGUUUGUUCAGGUCGCCCUCCCGCCUUGCGAACCAAACCAGUCCAUACCUCCUACCUUUGACCUGUCCCCAUCCUACGUCGACCGCCUCGAUGCCGAGUUCACACGAGUCUAUGAGGAAUACACGCGCCGAAUUGCCACGGUUCAGACCCUGUCCAACCACAUCAUCCAGCUCUGGGCCGAGCUGGGCAUCCCGCAGGCGCAGCAAGACGGCGCCAUUGUCAAGAACUACCGGGAUACCCCCGAGCAGCUUGGUCUCCACGAAGAAGACAUUGGUCGGCUCCAGUCGAAACGUGAUCGACUCGCCGACGAGAAAAAGAACCGCGAGCGCAAGUUGCGCGACUUGAAGGCAGCUGUCGAAUCUCUCUGGGUGAAACUGGGUGUUGACGAGGGCGAGACCAAAAUUUUUCUCAACCAGAACCGGGGCUGUGGUGUGCGACAGAUCAAUGAAUUCGAGGAUGAGCUCGCGCGGCUGAACGAGUUGAAGCGGCAGAACCUGCACCUGUUCGUCGAGGACGCGCGCGUCAAGCUCCAGGAUCUCUGGGAUGCGCUGUAUUUUUCCGAGGACGAAAUGCUCGAUUUCACUCCGGCCUUCUCUGAUGUCUACAGCGACGCCCUGCUAGAGGCACAUGAACGAGAGGUCGCAAGACUUGAGUCGCUCAAGGAGCAGCGAGCUCCAACGCUGGCUCUCAUUGACAAACACAAGCAGCUCAUCAAGGACCGUGACGAGUUGGCAGCCUCCAGUCAAGAUGCCUCGCGACUCAUGAUGCGCGGUCAGAAGGGCGAGAAGAGAGACCCCGGCAAGCUUCUCCGCGAGGAAAAGAUGCGCAAGAGGAUAGCAAAGGAGCUGCCCAAGGUAACAGUCGAGGUGCGCAAGACACUGGAAAAGUGGGAGGACGAAUACGGCCGACCGUUUCUCGUGUUCGGUGAGCGCUACCUCGACGAGUUGGAGGUCGAGGAGACCAAGAAGGCCGCGCCGUCGGCACGUUCCAAGACGCCCGCCGGGCCACCACCGUCAACGGCAAAGGCCCCCAAGUCGGGCGGCCUGACCAGGGCCAACAGCGUCAAGUCCAUUCCCCCACGAACCAUGACCAAGACACCAACUGCGGGCGAACGGACGACGAAGAAGCCCGCAGCAGGCAAUACCAAAGGAAGCCCGUCCCGAAUCCCCGCUCGUGCGCCGCUGUCCAAUUUGAAGCACGGAAGCAACUCGCCAGAGCGUAACAGGCCAGAGUCAAGAGCCGAGACGCUGCGAAACGGCGCUCCGAUUCGUGCCCCGCCGCCCAAAAUGAGGGAUCUCAAGUCCGUUCCCGAGUUGGAGACGCCAAUGAACCCCUACAAGUCGGCCGGCCUCGGAAGCAUCGUCCGCCCCAUGGAGCCAGAGGAUGUGUACGACGACAGGCCGCAGGCGGCAAUGGUGACGCGGUCCAACUCGACGCUGUCUGGACGCACGGCGACCAGCUACUACGACGAUCAACCAUAUGAUGACCGGUAUGAUGACCGGGACCGGUACGAGUACGGGACAGUACGAGGGUACCCGCAAGCUCCGCCGCCGCCGCGGCAAAUAUCCAAUACGUCGACGGCCGUGUCGAACUCGGAGAAUUGGGAGACGUACGAUGACAACAGCGAGCCGGAACCGGACGUGUCAGAAGAAUACUACGCCAAGGUCAGGGCGGCUCGGGGUAAGAGGUAUGAGCCGGAACAAUGCCCUAGGCCCAACAGCCAAUCCAAGCGGCUGCGCGGCGUCCCUCCGCCGGCGGGCUACAAUGGACCGGUGAUGAUUGACCACGAGGGCAACCGCGUGAUCUCGGGCAGCGAAUGGACCGAUGACGAUGCAUUCUGAGGAGGCACCCUGACAGCGGCGAAGAACAGGGCGCUUCCACCUGGGCUGCGGUCACGGCCAAGUGCGUUCAUACGAAGUUCACGACGAUGCCGGACAUCUCCGUAGCAGUCAGGGUCCGGAGCGACACAAUCUCCACGGCCCAUGGCGAUUGCAAUGAACUUGCUGCUGCAUGCUUUGUUGUCUACCCUUAGCUCUGACAGACUCGUCUGUCCCGAGGAUGUGGGGCCUGUCCCUACUUGACUUCUUGUGUGUAUUUGAUGUAUUUACGGGAACUUGAUUCGGCAGGGUGUUGGCGCGUGUUUUUGGAAGGGCCUGACCGGCGAUUGAGGAUUGGAAAGGGGUGUCUUCGUCCAUUGCCAGUUUGGCCUCAUUGCCGGAACGGCGCGAUAAUGGGGCGAGGCUGCAGAGCGGCGUUGCGCGACGGGAGAUGGCGGCCCGGCGUUUUGUUGUUAGUGUUGUUUGCUUGUCUAGGACAGCUGAGGCGUGACUUGCCUGCACACCCGCCGUGUUGCAAUUGACAAGGUUGGC